CCUGAACCAGAAGACUAGAUAUGGAUAAUAUUUAUAAGCGAAGACAAGGAAUAGACUGGGAAAACAAUCUUUAUUUGAAAUUACUUGGUUUUGUGCGUGAAAAUAAUUUAUUAGUUGAUGAGAAUACAUAUAACAGUAUUUCUAAUGAACAAUUGAAAAACUUAAGUAGCACAGUUUUUCCAAAAUAUGGACGGAAAAAAGAAUAUCAGGAGAAAGUUCGUUUCUUUUUGGAAUGCUUCUGGAAGAUUUUACAAAUUUCAAUAUAGAAUUCAUUAAUGCCCCUAGUCUAAAAAAUGGCUUAUUUAUAAAGAAAAGCUUAGUAAAGCUAUGAGUAUAAUUGAUAUAAGGAACGACUUAAAGAGUUUUUUAAGAGAUACUAGUUACAAAAUUUCGUUGGACACGAGAAAAAAAAUAUUAAUUGAAAUAUACAGUAUUAAAGAAUGCAAAGAUAUUCAACCAUGGAUAAUGAAAACUUUAAAUAGUACUUAAUGGUUUAAUCGAAAUGAGAUAUGUGAUGAAGUAAACAAAUUAAUUUUCAAUCAUUUAUCAACUGGAGACGAUGAUAGCCUAGUUGAACCGUUUCAUGGAUUUGCAGAUAAAGGAACACCUUCAGAUUUUAAUAUCAAUAUUCUUAACUCUAUUAUAUCUCAGAUUUGCAAUGAGGUAUCGGAUAAUGCAUUUAGUUCUCUCACACCAGAAAUGAAUAGUAUCGAUGAAUUUCUUGAUAUUAAAGAGACAAAGAAAGCUGCUGGUUCAUCUGUAAAAGCAACAAGAAGCUAUAAAAAUAAAAUUAAAAAGCAUAGAAGAUCAAUGAAUGACAAGAUAUCUGGACCUGUAAUAGAGUUCUUUCGACAAAAAGAUGAGACAAAUGAUAAUCAACUUCAGUUAUUUAAAAAAUUAGUUAUUUUAAAUAUAAAAACCAGUAAUAACGUUGCUUUUAACAAGUAUAUGAUUGGAACUGGCAAAAUAAACCAUGAAACAAAAACAAUAAUUUUAGAAAGUAUCUAUGCUGAUGCUGUAAGAAAUGCCAUUAUUCAUUAUUAGAUUUGUUGAAAUGUCAAAGAUAUUUAAUAAGAAGAAAAACUAACGAAAUAAUUAAUGUACUAAAGACAAAGAACGUUAGGAUCCACGAGGAAUUGGAAAAUGAAAUAUUUUUUAGUGAUGUAGAAAAAAAUUUUAUGAAGGUACUUCUAUACUUCUAACAUUCUAUUUUGCAGUGCUUGAAAAAGUUGAUGUUUGACACGGCAAUAAAGAAGAAUUCGAAAUCGGAAAAGACUACAUUUUUAAUUAUACUACUUCCGUAAAUAACGACAAUACAGAAAAAGAAUAUGAAGACAGAAGUGAAAAAAAGAAGUCAAUCGAAAAAGUAGCCGUACUUAUGCAAGACUUGAACGUGGAGAUUUCAGAACCGAUAUUUUGAACGUCUGCUAAAAUUAAGAAAACGUAUGAAAAAGCUUUUAGUCAAGAUGGACCAACAAUACUGUACGCAUGAGAAAAAUAGAAAUGUGAAAUUUACCGAGUGCUAAAAAUACUUUUUAAUUUAUUAAAGCUAUGUAUUUAAAUGAUUAUAAUAAAAUAUGAAAAUUUAAUAUUGA